AUGCCUCGAGCUGCUGACCGCAAGCUCGCCAACCUCGCUGUGAAGCGGCUGGUGUCGGACUUUCUCGACGCGCCCUGCUGCGACACGGAUGACUACGUCUCUUACCUCGGCCACCUAUCCACCAGCCAGUCAGCGCCUCCUGCCAGCAGCCGAAAGCGCAAGACAACUGUAGACUCCCACGGACUCUCCCCUGCUCGAGGCACAGAGCACAGCAUGGACGGUCUGCUGCAUCAGGUGCAGAAGCUCAAGAUGACUGAGCAGGCGCAGGCAUCCCCGGCAUCUCCAUCCCUAGACCUGAGCGGCAUGAGCCUCAACCCGCACGCUGCAGAGUUCGUUCCUGUCUUCGGCCCUCCUUCCCACGCCAGCAAUCCCACCGCUGCAUCACAAUCAGAACCACAGGGACUAGCAGCAGCAGCGGGCGGAGGAGGAGCAGGGGGGUACGCGUCCUCACUGCAACCCGGGUACGGGACAGGGAGCAGUGCAGCAGGGUACGGCGGGACAAGCGUCGGUUUAGCAGGGUAUAAUGGCGCAGCAGCAGAUGAAACGUUUGAGGAGUGCGAGGAGGAGCUGUUGAGCCGGUCACAGUCGCACAACAGCAACGCCUCUGAUGACGAGUACCGCCGCUUCUGGCGUGACCGGCUGCCAGAUGAGCUUCUGAGCUUCGAUGAGUCGCCGAAAGGGAGAGGGGCGGGGCGGGAUGGGAGGGAUGGGUUUUUGCAGAGAGGGAUGGGAAUGGAGAUGGAUACUGGUGGGGUAGGUGGAAAUAGCCUGCAUCGUCAUGCAGCUAGCAUGCCGUCUCUAGAUAGCGGUCACAUGUCCAGUUCGGCUGCUGCUGGGGGUGCUGGUGGUGCUGCUCCUUCUGGUGGCCCAGACAGUUUUGACAGGCAGGGGUAUGGGUACUCGUUUCGGCAGGGUGUAGGCCCCGCUGGUGGCCCCCCUGCAGCUCAAUCCAUGGGGAAUAUUCUCGAGGAGGUUAAGUCAGACUCGGCUCUAGACCACAUUGCACCACAUCGCACCGCUCUCGGUCUCUCCGGACCUGGCCAGCACCACCACAUGCCGCAUCGCUCACCUGGUGGCCCUCUCAUGGGCUCCCCAGCUCAGGGACCUUCCUACGAAGCUUCCCUUGACAGGCCUUUCGAGCCUUCCUAUGAUCCUUCCGCUCCCUAUCACGGUCCUCCUCCCUCACACCUGCUUCCUCGAAACGCCCCCAGCCCUGCCUGGAGACCUGCUCCAGGCCCACCUGGGUUUUCACCUGGGCCCCCACCUGGCGGACCACCGGGCUCUGUUGGUCCCGUCCCUUCCAGCCCUGUGAUUGGCCGCGGAGGAGUACCCCAUUCUCCCAUGGGCACACCCAACAGAUACCCCCCAUACGGCGGGGUUAACCCUAAAUCUAACCACAUGAGUCCGCAGCAGAGCCCUGCCAGGGGUCCUCCUCCCUAUGCCUCCCCCGGAGGCCCUCUCUCCCGAUUUGGUGGUAACCCUGUAACAUCCAUGUCUAUGCCGUUGCCUGGUGCUGCCUCUCCCCCUCCCCCACACCAUCACCCCUUCAACAGCCCCGCUAGGGGUUAUCCCCCUCCCCCGAAUGCUGACCCGAGAGCCAUGCACCCCCCACCGUUUGAACUCCCCGGUCCGGCAGGGGGAGGGGACAUGGGGGGAGGAAUGGGGGGAGGGAUGGGGGGAGGGAUGGGGGGAGGCGGGGGAAUGGGGGGACCAGGGGGAGGAGACGGCAUGUGGGGGGGGGAAGGUGGGGGAGUGAGAGAAAGAGCGAUGUCGAUGCCAGUUGGAUGGGGGGGACCGGAAGAAGGGGUGGGCGGAGACGAUCGGCACGAUCCUGUGCGCAUACUCGCUACAGAGUUCCCCAUGUUCAGUAUAAGCACCCUGGCAGAGAUCUUCUUCUCUAAUGGCGCAGACCUUCCUCGGACCAUGGAGAUCCUGACCCAGCUGCAGCUUCAGGACGAAAUGACUCUCCCAUCACCAACCCACCGCCGUCCCCCACCCCCCUCAGCGCACCCCCCUUCCCUCGACUCUCUCGACUUCCCCUCUCUCUCCCCCCUAGACCCCCUCCCCGCCUCCUCCUCCCCCAUGCUCCGCCCGCGCCCCUCCUCUCAAGGCCCUGACACUCGCCCCAUGCAAGGCUCUGUUCCUGAUUUCGCCGGGGUGCUGCGAAAGCCGUUACCCCCGGGGGCAGCGACUCAGAACGCGUGGGGGGGCGGGCAGGCGGAGAGAAGCGGGGGAGGGGAGGGGGGUAUGGGCGGAGCAGGGCGAAGAGGGGGAGGGGGAGGGGGAGGGGGAGGAGGAGGAGGGGGAGGGGGGGGGUACGAGUUUUCAGGAAGAGGAGGAGCACAGCCAUGGCUGGAAACUGGCAACGCUGUCGCUAACCUAUACGGAGACAUGAGGGAAGAGGCGCGGGACCAUGCAAGAAUACGAAAUGCGUGCUUCGAGCAGGCCACGCAAGCGUACCUGGCGGGCAACAAGGCAGCAGCCAAGGAGCUGAGCGCGCGGGGUCAGUGGCACAACGAGCAGAUGAAGGCAGCCCAUGCCAAGGCCAGCGAUGCCAUUUUCCGAACCCGCAAUGCGGCGUCGGGCUAUCUGGGUGGAGUGGCUGGCGAGGGAGGAGAGGCAAGGGUGUUGGACCUGCACGGGCUGCAUGUGGGGGAGGCGAUACCCAUGCUGAAAAGGGAGAUAGCCGCAAUGAGAAGCGCUGCUCGCUCCACCCAGCAGCGACAGCAGGUGUACGUGUGUGUGGGCACGGGCCACCACACCAAGGGGCGAGCGCCCCCGCGCCUGCCACUGGCAGUGGAGCGGUAUCUUGUGGAGGAGGAGCGGGUUCAGUUCAUGGAAACCCAGCCCGGCAUGCUGCGAGUGGCUUCAUCCCCGUUACUGCGCCGGCCGCCUAGCGCGUCGCUCUCUAACGGAACCGGAGAACGCGCGGAGCGCGUAGCGGCGGGGGACGUGGUGGGCGGAAAGUACCGCAUCGUGCGGCUGCUGGGGGAGGGGUCGAGCGGAAGGCUGUACGAGGCGGAAGUGGUGGCGGAAGGGGGGACGGCGGAAGGAGGAGAGGGGGAACGCCUACUGCUUUCUUCGUUCAAUCUUGUCCGCUUCACCCUUUCUCAGGAUUUGGACCUAUUUGAGAGGGAAGCUAGAGUGCUUCGCAGCCUCAACCAUCCCGGCAUUCCGCAGUACAUUGAUUAUUUCGAGGAGGACACUGCAACAGACCGUGCCUUUUAUCUCGUGCAGCGCUUGGCACACGGGCAGUCGCUGGCUGCUCUAGUGGCGGGCGGGUGGAGGGGAACCGAGGAGGAGGUGGUGCGGAUUGGUAUUAAGGUCUUGGAAGUCUUAUCUUAUUUGGAGUCGCUUCGACCUCCUGUGGUGCAUCGGGACAUCAAGCCUGACAACAUAAUUCUGGACCAAUCACACGGCACGGUUCAGGUGGUUGACUUCGGGGCAGUGCAGGAAGCAUCUGCGCCGGCAAGGAGUGAUGCUCCUAUCGGCAGCACAGUUGUUGGUACGUACGGCUACAUGGCACCGGAGCAGUUUCAGAAUCGGGCCAGUUCACAAUCAGACCUCUACUCGCUGGGAGCCACGCUGCUUUUCCUGCUCUCCGGCCGACCACCUUCCGCCUUCCCCCAGGCUCGCCUCAAGAUUGACUUUCAGUCGUCUCUGGGUUCUUCCAUUUCCCCCCGGCUAGCCACGGUGCUGGACUGUCUGCUCAUGCCAGCAGCAGAAGACAGGUUCAAGACGGCGCGAGACGUGAUCAGCGCCCUGACCUGCCACGAAUCCUCACUCCACCGCUACCUCCCACACCACCACCAGCAACAAAAUCAGUUGUCAGCCUCCUCCCCCACCUCCCUGAGCACUGCUGGCAUGGGCGGGUCACUUUUCAGGAAACCCAAAACCUCCUCCUCCUAUCCUCCUUCCAACGUGCCUCGGCCGUCCCCUGCUGCUCCUCUGCAAACCCUCCCUGUGGCGUUUCAAUCCCCGGGGGCUCUUGACACCCGGCCUGCUGGCACCCAAGUGGUACUGGAGAGGACAGAAGAGGGCAAAUUCCUGGUAGUACACAUUCCCCCUGCGGGCUUGACACGGGAGGCAAUGGGCACAGGCGGAUUCGCCAUUGCAUGGAAUGCCUUCAUUGCUUUUUGGACUGCCACGGCACUCACAGGGGGUGCGCCGCUUCUUUUCACGGCCUUCUCCAUCCCUUUCUGGCUCGUCGGCGGCGAUCUGGCCAAGAAGGUGGUGUCGACGGUAGCAGUCUCAGUGGAUCUAGUGUUUGACCGCCAAGGAGGAGGGGAGUUCAGCAUCACGUGGCGGGUGGGCGACCUUUGGAGCCACACUGAGAGGGGCCGAUGUGCCGACAUCUCACGCGCUGCAGUGGUGGUGGAAGGGUUCCAAAACGGCGAGCCAAUGGCGGUGUGCCAGCUGGCGGAAGGUGUGAAGGAGCACCGCUUUGGAGGCGGGCUGAAGCCUGUGGAGCAGCAGUGGGUGGUGGGGCAGAUAGGGGAGUUUCUGGGUAUUGGGUUUGGGGGUGUUCUGGGGGUGGAUGAGGAGGCGAGCAGGCGAGGAGGGAGGAAUAAUUGGAGUGAUGAUGAGGAGUGGUGA